CAAUUUUUGCAGACGACAUUAAACUCGCGUACAGAUCAGAUCGUAGUAAAAUAAUACAAACAAAUUCGUGAAGCUUUUAGAUGAACAUUUAAGAAUAGACUUUGUAUCUUCAUGAAAGUGUCAUCGGCUGACAAAAAGUUAUAAAUUGUAUGCUGUAAAAAGAUAACGAUAGAAAUAUAAAGGCAUAUGCUUUUAAAAUAAAAGAUAUAAAGGAUGUUAUCUUGACUGUGAGCGUUGCUUAACUUAAAAAAUAUAUUGGUACUUCAAAACUGUAACUUUUGAAUACAGUACUCAAGUUCGGAUUUGGAGAUUUAACGAGUAGCGAUCGUUUGGUAAUCAGAACAUAUCACGGCCGAUGUCUGGUUCAUCUUAAGACAAUAAGUCGGGUUGUAUUCAAAUAAGUGGUGUGAUAGCAGUGAAUUUAACUCGGUUAUCUACACGGAAAGAGUAUCACCGUACCUGGACCCCAUAUACAGCCGUAUGCAGAAGGUCUAAGCGGGACGCUAUCUGAACUCUGGAGUAUUAUUUUCGAAGGACAAAUGAUGGCUACGCAGACAAUAGCUAGGAGCUCCCUGAUGACCGGAGAGAAACGUUCGGACGCUCCUUUGAGCGCACGGCGGACGCCGCAGUCACCAGUGUUCAUUCCUCCAAAUGAGUUCAGGAUGAAGUUACUGAAGCGAAUUCUGUCGGUGGACGGAACCAUCGAUAACAAAGCGCUUCAGAAAUUACAGAAAUCGUCGAGCGAUCGGACGCUACAGGCGAACAUUUUAUUUGAAAACGGCGACGUGGGUACGUUAAUUUCCUUCGAUCGCACACACGAGGAAUCUCUGAAACAAGACCAGGACAAGACCGCUGACGACUCUCUGCCGCUCGUGGAUCAGCGGAAAGUCGAAAAAUCCGACCGGUUGCGAGACGGAGUGCCACGGGAGCGACCGCUGAAACUGCCACCCAUAAUGUUGCCACCGAUCUAUACGCUAACGAGUCGGCCCCUGAUUGUUCGGGACUACUCGGGGCCUCCGUACGUGCCGCCGCCGCUCAGCGAUGAGGACUGGGAGGAUUUGGAGGACUGCCGCUACCUUCGCCCCGCUAAGAAGGACUUCAAGGCAUCGAAAGAAAACAAGAGCUUUUUGCUAAUAAACAGCAAUAGUACCUAAUCGGAGAAGAUUUUAAAACGAGCGUUUAUUAAGAAUUUUUAUUCAAUACUAUUCGUCGGGAGAUUUGUUUUCCGACGAUCAUUGUGAUGGUUCAGGUUGAGGUCACGGAAUGGAAAGAAAUGUCGUUGGCAUGAUGUAGACGUUAUACAUGAGCGUCAAGAGGUGAUACAUCCUCGUUUCACUAACGCCAGAUGUUGCUUUGAAGCAUACAAUGAGAAUGGCGGACAUUGGUGCUGGUAGGUUACGUUCUUAGUUGUUUGAAACGAACUGUUUCCGUCGAAAUAAGCGAAUGAAAAUUGUUGCUAUUUUGAGGGAUUUUGAAUUAUCCAGCCGACAACUGGCACACUGACAAUAUCAGACUAUAUCAGCCUGCUUUUGGUGCUUCCCAUUGUACCGUGCGCGUUUAAGUGUAACACUAUGUGUAUGUGCAUUUCAAAUUAUGUUUAUAACUAUAAUCAUAAUUUUUUUUAUCAACAUUAUUUAUUUGAUUUAUUUGGUUCAUCAUGUUUCAGUGUAUCAAAUAUAACAUAUUGUUCAAA